UAGCUGGACCGCGUGGGGUGGGCUGGAGCCGGGCCCCCCAGGCUGGGCCGGGGGCAGCCGGCGGCUCGGUAGACCCAGAGGUUCAGUGCCGAGGCAGAGGCCCUGGGGGACGUCGGGCUGCGGCCUAAGGAGGCGGAAGCUGGGGGUGGACUUAGCGGCUGCCGCUGGCCCCGGCACUAAAGCAUCAGCCAGUGAGGGGUGUCCUCGCCCGGCCCCGCCAGGAGCCGGUGCUGAGCAGCCUUCCCAGCCGGCGCUCAGCCCCGCCGGUGCUGUGGCUGGGAAAGCCCACCGCCCUAGGCCCGCCCUUGAUGGCGCUUUGUGAAAGACCCGUGUCCACUCCGGAGGCCGGUGGCCCUCUGGGAUUCCGAAGAGGGCUUCAUGACUUUUGGAGAAUGAUUGCGUUGGGUGCGGAGGUGGUCUGUCCAUAAAAGGCUGGGAGAGACACGAUCCGUUACCACCCAGCCCUCCUCCGAAGAGACGCUGCGGCUGACAGCUCUGGUCCCGCCUGCCUCCGUAGCGCAGCGGGUUCGGCAGUGUCUUCUCCAGAGCGGGCAGGCCCGCCCAGGCGGGUGUCACCAUGCCACAGCAGCUCCUGAUCUCCCUGCCCACCAAGGCCAGCGCCUGGGUGAAGUUGCAGCAUCCAAAGAAGACCAAGGAGGGCAUGCCCCUGUGGGAAGAUGUGACUACAGUGUUUGAAGGAGAAGCUCUGCUGUCUCAGGACACCAAGGAGGCCCAGGAAGAAUGCUUAGAGGAUGAAGUGACCCCUGGGUUCCUGACAGCAGAAUCGCAGGAACCACUGAGCUUCAAGGAUGUAUCUGUUGACUUCUCCCAGGAAGAGUGGGGGCAGCUGGCCCCUGUGCACCAGAACCUGUAUCGAGAGGUGAUGCUGGAGAACUACAGGAACCUGGUGUCCGUGGCAGGAUAUCAGCUUUCCAAACCAAGCGUGAUUUCCCAGUUGGAGAAGGGAGAAGAGCCAUGGAUGGCAGAGAGAGAAGACCUAGGGGAUCCCAGUUCAGACUUGAGGAGUAAGACAGAAACCGAUGAGUCAACUGCCAAGAAUGACAUUUCACAGGAGCAGUUAUAUCAUGGCAUUAUGCUGGAAAGGUUCAUGAGAGAUGAUAUCAUUUAUUCCACAUUGAGAAAUGUCUCCCAGUAUGAUGAUGCAUUAGAAAGGCAUCAGGAAACCCAUGGAAGAGAUGUGAAACAAGCCAUUUUGACCAACAGGAAGAGAGGCCGAGAAACUAACAAAUUGGGGGAAAAUAUCAUUGUGAAUUCAAAUGUUUUUAUAGAACAGAAGCACCAUGAAUGUGAUACAUCUAGAAAGAGGAACAAAUACAAAUUGGAUUUGAUUAACCAUCCAACAAAUUACAUAAGAACAAAAACUUACGAAUGUACUAUAUGUGAAAAAGUGUUCAAACAACCCAUUCACCUUACUGAACACAUGAGAAUUCAUACUGGAGAGAAACCUUUCAGAUGUAAAGAAUGUGGGAGGGCCUUUAGCCAAAGUGCAUCUCUUAGUACACACCAGAGAAUCCAUACUGGUGAGAAGCCUUUUGAAUGUGAGGAAUGUGGCAAAGCGUUCAGGCAUCGCUCAUCACUUAAUCAGCAUCAUCGGACUCACACGGGGGAGAAACCCUAUGUAUGUGACAAAUGUCAGAAAGCCUUCAGCCAGAACAUUAGCUUGAUCCAACAUUUGAGGACUCAUUCUGGAGAGAAGCCUUUCACUUGCAAUGAAUGUGGAAAAACCUUUCGACAGAUUAGACACCUCAGUGAACAUGUAAGAAUUCAUACUGGGGAGAAGCCCUACGCAUGCACUGCGUGCUGUAAAACCUUCAGUCACAGAGCAUACCUAACGCAUCACCAGAGAAUCCACACUGGAGAGAGGCCCUACAAAUGCAAGGAAUGUGGGAAAGCCUUUAGGCAGAGGAUUCACCUCAGCAACCAUAAGACUGUCCACACAGGAGUGAAAGCCUAUGAAUGCAAUCGCUGUGGGAAAGCCUAUAGGCAUGACUCGUCCUUUAAGAAACAUCAGAGACAUCACACUGGGGAAAAACCUUAUGAAUGUAAUGAAUGUGGGAAAGCCUUCAGCUAUAACUCAUCACUUAGUCGACACCAUGAAAUACACAGGAGGAAUGCCUUCCAAAAUAAUGUAUAAAAACAGGCAUUUGACAUAAGACCUCAGCCAAGUGUAAGUCAGUGUCCAUGCUUUAAAAUUUCAGGACUCGGUUAAAUUUGAGGACUUGCUAGAAAGAUGCUAACUUUUAAAUUGUGUUCAUUGUGUAAAUAGAGAUUACUACCAUCUACUAACACCUCCAUACAAAGUACUUAAUAAAAUAUGGUCCUUCAAAUUAAAUAAAUUCAUUAUGAAAA